AUGCAGCUCAACACACACUCCGCGUUCACACCGCUCUUCGCGGACAUGAACAUCGUCCCAUUGCGGUAUAGGCGUGUGAUGCUCGCCCUCCGCUACCUCCGCUACCUUCUCGGACUGGAAGAGCACCGACUGGCCCGCAUCGCCUUGCUGGAAUGCAUGGCGAUGUUCGAUGCUGGUGUGCCGGGUUGGUUGGGAGACCUGCACCUUGCGCUGCUCGCACUACUGAGCCCCAUCAUGAUCCCAUCGACCGCACAGCUUCGAGAGGAAGGCGCCGUUGAUGUCCUGCUGGAAAAGGUGGACGAGGCCAUGCUCAUCAAGAUCGCGAACGACGUACGGGACUCGAGUAGGCUCUACCUGCUGCGAGACAGGCUCACUCCGCAACGACAGGGACCUCCGCGCACGCUCAUCUUCCAAUUUCGUGAUUAUCUCGCCGUGCGCAACCCAGAGAACCGCAAGGCUCUCGCCCGCGUAAUCGCGAGUGACCACCCACUUGCACUCGAGCAACUACGCCAUGGCCAUGCCAAGCGCAAUGGGGUCGCGAAAUUCGCCGUGCCACAAGAGGAACGCCUGUGUCGAUUCUGCGCCGCUGCUGUGGAGUCGCCGGAGCACGCUAUGCUCUCCUGCCUCGGAAAUGAUGCCCUCAAACAAGCACACACCCGCUUUUACGGUCAAGUUCACCUGAUCUGGCCUGCGUUCGUGCCACCGGCUAACGAGGGUGAGGCGCUAGGUAGCCUGAAGUCGCUGCUAGGAGAGAAAUCAGUGCUGUCGGUAACGGGAGCCGCUUGA